GACUGGUCCACACCCUGCCCUUGCUGCAUAAAGCUUGUUUUGUGAGUUGUUGAGGGCGGGCGUAGACACGGCUGCAAGUACUGGACGUGCGUGCCCAGACUGGGAAAGGGGUAGCCUACAUUCGAUGCCUGGACGGAGAGGAUGGAAACAGUUACUGCGCCUUCUGCUAUCGACUAAUGAAAAAAACCCAUCAAGAACUGAACGCCCGCUGCAUGUCCCUGUGCCACACCCUACUCCUCCUCACGCACUUCCUGCUCAGACAUCAUACACUGCAGCCUGGAGAGAGGGAUGAAUGAGGGUCGAUCAGUCGCAGCCACCCUUCUAAGGCGCUACCACGUCGCCAUGACAGAGGGGGAGAGCCCUCCCCCCUCCAAUGCUGCCCCGACCAGUCAGGCGUCGUCGGGAGAUAGCCCAGACGCCCAGCGGGACGUGAAUGCCCACUUCCCCCUGUCGGCUCUGGACGAUCUGUUUGAGAGCGAGGAGAGGAGCUUGCCGCCCUCCCAGGAUUCACCGUCCACCAGGCCUGUGGCCGGCCAGCAGACAGCAGGGGACGGCAAGCAGAACCUGCGAUACAAGUUCCAGGGCGCCUUCAAGAAGGGCAUCUCCAACCCCAUGGACCUCCUGGAGUCCACCAUCUACGAGUCCUCCGUGCCGCCGGGGUCCAAGAAGGCGCCCAUGGACUCGCUCUUCGACUACGGGACGUGCCGGGAGACAAACAACCAGAAACGCAGAAGGAAAAAACUUCCACGGGGGAAGGCUGAGGAAAUAUGCGAUGAUGACCCCACAACCGAUCCCCCGAAGGUGGUUAAGAUCUUCAACCGGUCACUUCUGUUCGAUGCGGUGUCGCGGGCCGAACCUGAGGCUCUCGACGGCCUCCUUGAGUACCUGCAGAGCCGUGACAAGAGGCUAACCGACGAAGAGUUCAGAGAACCUUCUACGGGAAAGACAUGCCUUCCCAAAGCCUUGUUGAAUCUAUACAGUGGCCAAAAUGACACCAUUCCUCUGCUGGUGGAUAUAGCGGAGCAGACAGGGAAUCUGCGCGAGUUCAUUAACACGCCGUUCAGAGAUGUUUACUACCGAGGCCAGACAGCGUUGCAUAUAGCCAUCGAGAGGCGCUGUAAGAAGUACGUGGAGCUGCUGGUGGAGAAGGGUGCCGAUCUGCAUGCUCAGGCCCGGGGCCGCUUCUUCCAGCCCAAAAACGAGGGGGGAUACUUCUACUUUGGUGAGCUACCCUUGUCUUUAGCCGCCUGCACCAACCAGCCGGACAUGGUCCACUACCUGACGGAGAACUCACACAAGAAGGCCGACCUGAGGCGGCAGGACUCCCGGGGAAACACUGUGCUCCACGGCCUGGUGCACAUCGCCGACAACACGCGUGACAACACACGCUUCGUUACCAAGAUGUACGACCUGCUGCUCAUCAAGAGCGCCAAGCUCUACCCGGACAGCAACCUGGAGAUGAUCCCCAACAACGACGGCAUGUCCCCGCUGAUGAUGGCGGCCAAGCUGGGCAAGAUCGGGGUGUUCCAGCACAUCAUCCGCAGGGAGAUCAAAGAUGAGGAGGCUCGCCACCUGUCCCGCAAGUUCAAGGACUGGGCCUACGGGCCGGUGUACUCUUCCCUCUACGACCUCUCCUCUCUGGACACGUGCGGCGAGGAGGUCUCUGUGCUUGAGAUCCUGGUCUACAACAGCCGCAUAGAGCAGAACCGUCAUGAGAUGCUGGCCGUGGAGCCGAUCAACGAGCUGCUCCGGGCCAAGUGGCAGAAGUUUGGUGCCGUCACCUUCUACAUCAGUGUCAUCUCCUACCUGUUCACCAUGAUUGUCUUCACCCUGGUGGCCUACUACCGGCCCACAGAAGGACGGCCUCCUCCAUACUCUUAUGUCACCAGUGCGGACUACCUGCGACUGGCAGGGGAGCUCAUUACAGUUGGCUCCGGAAUGUUCUUCUUCCUCAGCAAUAUUAAGGACCUCUUCCUGAAAAAGUGCCCGGGGGUCAACUCAUUAUUUAUUGAUGGAUCCUUUCAGCUACUCUACUUCAUCUACUCUGUGCUGGUGCUGGUUGCUGCUGCGCUCUACCUGUCUGGCAUCGAGUCGUACGUGUCGGUGAUGGUGUUCGCUCUGGUGCUGGGCUGGACCAACAUGCUCUACUUCACCCGUGGCCUCAAGCUCACCGGCACCUACAGCAUCAUGAUCCAGAAGAUCCUCUUCAAAGACCUGUUCCGAUUCCUGCUGGUGUAUGUGCUCUUUAUGAUCGGAUACGCCUCAGCCCUGGUCUCCCUCCUGACCGUGUGUCCCACUGACUGCCCCGGGCCGGAGGGCUGCCCCAAGUACCCCAAAUGCCGCGACACGGACACCUUCAGCAACUUCCUGCUGGACCUGUUCAAGCUGACCAUCGGCAUUGGCGAGCUGGAGAUGAUUCAGAGCACCGAGUACCCCGUGGUCUUCCUCAUCCUGCUGGUCACCUACAUCAUCCUCACCUUCGUGCUCCUGCUCAACAUGUUGAUCGCUCUCAUGGGCGAGACGGUGGGGCAGGUGUCCAAGGAGAGCAAGAAGAUCUGGAAGCUGCAGUGGGCCACAACCAUCCUGGAUAUCGAGCGAUCCUUCCCUGUGUGCCUGCGCAAGUCUUUUCGGGUAGGGGAGAUGGUGACAGUCGGCAAGAACUGGGAUGGAACCCCUGACAAGCGCUUGUGUUUCAGGGUGGAUGAGGUGAGGUGGUCACACUGGAAUCAGAACUUGGGAAUCAUUAACGAGGACCCUGGCCAGAAGGAGCUCAACCAGGACUAUGGGAUUCCACAGACUGUUCGAGGCCUUAGAAGAGAUCGCUGGUCCACUGUGGUGCCAAGGGUUGUGGAGCAGAGUAAGACUCCUCGGUCCCGGGACCUGGUGCUGGAGAUGGAGCCGCUCACCCCUCGGUACCGCCUGGAGAGCUAGACCCAUACUCUUGCCUGACUGGGGACCUCUGGACAGCCCUGGACAUCUGCCGCUGGCCACUUUAACAUACCACUCCUGGCUAGUGUGGUCAGUUACACCUACAAGCAGUUACGGGUUGUCACCUCAUCAGUGCUGUGUGUCAAGCUGUUCAGAAAGAGCUGGAAUGGAAUAAUUGAGCCAUGUUCAUUGUGUUAGGAUAGCUAUAGAUGCACAGAUUAGACACAAGACCUUCAUAUCCCCAUCCCUUCCACUAGAAGGGCUGUUAGCUUACCUCUGGGCCACCCAUUGGCUCAUUAAGCUGUUAAAUUGCCUCAAAUGAGCAGUGGCGGGGAGAUCAGUUUUGAAUGGACUGUUUGUCGGCUCUUGGGAAGAUACAGCUUCGAAACACCGUCGCUUGGGCCGGUCGGCCGCGGGGGCCUGUAGCUGGGGUUGACCCGUGGUCCUGAGGUAAGCUGGCGCUCCCUCUGUAUGCAACAAUUAGCCUCGUACACUCAUACUAGCACGGCUACGCUACACACCAGAUUAGGGACCCAUGGCAGGCAGUAUUUCCAUUGUUCCCCUAGACUGCGUUGUGUUAUUGCAUUUGGUUACUGUUGCUGGUGGGCUCCCUAAUAAUUCUUAUAUUGGUGCGUUGAAACACUAGGCCUGUAUUGAGUGGAAAUGUAAUAUGUUUUUGACCUAUUUCCUGACACACAAUAUGUGCUCAUUUUUUUCUGAAUGCUGCUUUUGCAAAUGUUAUAUGCCAUCAUAAAUGACAGCAGUCUAUGUGAAUGACUGAAAUGAUAUGGAACAGAAAAGAAUGGACUGCACUGGGCAAUAUGGGGUUUCUGAAAAGUAUGCACCCCCUCACUUAUCACUUACCGGCUCUGCUGUCAGUAGUCCUAAUUCAAACGCAACAGAACUGAAAUAGCCCUUCAGAAGGGAAAAAUCCACAGACACAUUCACAAUGACUGCCAAUAGCACUGCUUUGAAAACUGACUGCCUUUGAAGUUUUUCCUCUGAACAUCGUGUGCAGGUAUUCUUGGCUACGGAGAGCGCAUUCACCUUUUUAUAACAUUAUUUGUAGCACCAUCAUAUGACAGUCAUGGUUUUGAAGAAACGGAAAAAAAACAGAAGCCAACUGCCAACAGGUCCCUGUAUUGUGUGUUGUGCUAUGAUGGUGCACAGUGGCUGGGAACCAGAUGGGGUUACAGCAGCAGCAGAGGCAGACACGGUGUUUACCACAUCCUGCAAUGAUAGCACACCGUCUCUCAGCCUCAAGACGUUCCGAGGGACGCAUGCAGCGCCCAGGAGAUAAAGGUGCCAAAACCUGUCAAGUCUUUGCACGACACUUUGCCUUCGACCUACCAACAGAAAGUUAGCUCGAGUCAUUUUGAAGCUCAGAGCACCGCUGUGGUUUCAGGUCUAUAACAGAUAGUCGCUCUUAACUCGUCUGCGAUGCGGGUUCCCAUAGUGCCCCCAAAUGCGUGUGAACUCAGGGAUUUCUUUAAGACGUCAAACCUAAAGUGUGCCUUUAAUCCAGAUGUUGCCAUAAGAAUGUGCUCAAUCUCUAUGAGUGAACACCAUGACUUAUAUCUUUCAAUCUCACUGCCAAAUGGACAUUUCUGAAGGCUCCUGGCAAUAGUGCAUGUUUGAUCAAAUCCCUCCAUAUGAAGCCAUAAAACAUAUUUAUGAAUGUUAAUGUAGAUUUAGGUAAUUAAAUAUAUAUGAAAUAUUACAGUAGCCUACGUUGUUUUGGAUAUGUCCUCAGUUGAACACCAUUGUGUAUGGGUUCUCAUAUCUAAACCUCUUAUUUAGCCACUUUAUACUCUUAAAACAAAUGUGUUGAAAACAACACAACUCUAUGUCCAGAUAGGGACAACACAGUUUGUUUUAAGAUUGUACUUGUUCUUUUUGAACUCUGUGACACGGGUUGACCUCUUACUGGCCCAUUGUACCACUGGGUACUCAGUGGUCAUUCCUCGUUGAGAUUUCAAAACAGAAGGUGUACUGCUAUUUUAAAUAUUUACUUUUUAUUUUUGUGCCUCAUUUUAAGAGAAUAUAGUUUGGUCUCACAAAUGCAGAGAUGGUUUUAAACAAAGCUGUAUAAAAGUAAUAUAUUAUUUUAAUUUUACCCAUUAAUUUGGGUAAUUUCAGUGUUAAAGGGAGACUUGAUGCUGAUUGUUUCGAAUGCUACUGUAGCAUACCAGGAGAAUGCCUUUCUGUAAAGAUCUAUUCAAGAGGUUGUAUGUGCUAAUAGAAUCCACUUGGUAUCCAAAUGCAACAAGGUGUUUUAUGCUUUCAUCCCUUAUUCUGGACUGGAUGGACUGGAUGCAUUUUUAUAAGUCUGUUUUGUAAUUUUAUUUUAUAUUUUCUUAAUAAAUUUCAAACAACAGGUGGAGUUGUUCA